UUUAAAUUUGAACCAAUUAAAAAUGGCACAAAUGGAAAAUUCUAGCGAUAAUAUUAAUAAGCUAGUUGAGCAUCAAUUUCAAGUUGGUGUAGUCGCAUCAAUUGAAAAUGAUGCCAAAAUCAACAAUAAGUCUUUUCCCCUCACAUUCCUUGACAUACCUUUAGCUGGUCCAAUCUAUGUCAAACGCUUAUUCUUCUACAGAUACCCUUUUUCCACCAACCAUUUUUACCAAACUACCCUUCCAUAUCUCAAGCGUUCUCUCUCACUCACCCUCCAAAGUUUCUUCCCUCUUGCCGGUAACCUCCUUUGUCCACCACCGCCACACAAGCCCUUCAUUCAAUGCACAAAUGAAGACUCCGUGGCCUUCACCGUCGUCGAGUCUUCCUUGGAUUUCAACCUUUUAGCAAGCAACAACCCGAAAAGCAUCAAUGAUUUGCGUACCUUGGCUCCCAAUCUGGUAGGCAAAGCCAUGCAUCAUGAUCAUGAUAGUGGUGACGAUGACACACUCGUGUUUCCAAUUUUGGCCUUGAAAGCCACGGUUUUCGCAAACCGUGGCGUUUGCAUUGCCAUAAAUUAUUGUCACGUCAUGGACGAUAGGUCUUGUGGUCAAUUCAUGAAAUCUUGGUCUUCUCUUUGUGGAACAAUAAUAAGAAACGGUGAAGAAGUUGAAUCAACGCUUCUAGACAAGUACCUACCACCACCGCCAUGCUUCGAUAGGGGAGUGUUGAAGGAUCCGAAGGGACUGGAGUCCAUUUUCUUGAAUGAUUAUUUCCGCGAGAGGCAAAGUUUCAAGGACAAAGUUGUUAGUCAAAGUCAAACAGGAAGUCUUCGAGCAGAAGAGGAAGAGGAGUACGUUAAAGCGACAAUCGUAUUUGGUAGAAAAGAGAUGGAGGGAAUGAAAAGGUUUGCGCUGAAUGAGUUAAAGAAAAGCAAUAGAAGCGAAGCGCCGCAAUAUUUAUCAUCUUUCGUUGUGACAUGUGCUUUUUUAUGGAGUACCCUGGUUAAAACAAAACACAGAGAUGAAGAGGAAGAAGAAGAGAAUGAUGCGAAAGAGGAUUGUAUUCGUUUCGCAGCUGAUGUUAGAGAGCGUCUAGAGUAUCCGAUUGCGGAGAAUUACUUCGGAAACUGCAUAACGAGAUGCCAUGCAAGGCUGAAGAGGAAGGAGCUGAAAGGGGAAGGUGGGUUUGUGAAUGCGGCAAGGGUUAUUGACAAGGCUGUAAACGACAUGAAGGAGGAGCCGUUUAGGGGUGCGGAGAAUUGGAAGUCAACGUUUAUCAAGUUGUUUGUGUUGGGGAAUAGUGGGUUGCUUGUGGCUGGGUCCCACAAGUUCGGUGUGUAUGACACUGAUUUUGGGUUUGGAAGGCCUGUUAAAGUGGAAAUGCUGCAUUCCUUCAGAGUUAUGUCAAUUGCGGACACUGGUGACACUGAAAAAGGAGGGAUUGAGUUUGGGAUGGUGUUUACAAAAGCUGAAUUUCAGUGUUUUCAACAUAAGCUUCAACAAGGACUUCAAGUCUUUGCUUAAAGACAAGCUAAUUAGUUAAAGAUGAUUAUUAAAAAGGAAAAGUUUAGAGAUUUAGGAUUUAGGAUUUAGGGUUUAGAGUUGCUCUAUUAAAAAUUUAACUGAAAUAAUUCAAUAUAAAAAAGAAUAAUAAAAUGAAGAAAGCUGUAGUGGGCCAGCACAUAUCUAGCUUUUAUUUUUUGGGUCAUUGCUUGAAAGCCCAAUUGAUCAAAUAAAACUGUUAUUUUGAGCAA